AACCUAGGAUUUUGGUGUCCAUCACCUUCUCAGAGUAUCAUAUCUUCCAUAUUAUUUGCUUGUUUGCGAGAAAUCCUUGCGGACGUAGGCAGAUCGAGCAGAGGAGCUGGCGACUUGGCCGGGAUUUUGUUUCCCUUCUUCCCCACCUUUCCGACACGGCUACGUGCGUAUCGCCGAAACGAUACGCAUUCAUGAAACUAUAUAACACUAGAGCGCCGGCGAGGGAGAGGAGAACCCAUCCCAUCUCGUCACCUCCUCCUCCUCUCUCCUCUUCUUCGGCGGAAUACGGCGCACCGAAAGCCGAACUCAAGUCGUUCCACCGCAGGGGAUGCCAGGGCUAUAAAUAAGUGGCGGAUUGUUUCGGCUUUUUUUCUUCUCCGACGGACGGACGGACGGACGGCCCGAUCCUCGGUGCUUCUUCGACCGUUCUCAACCGCUGGAAAUCGAUGCCUCACGCCGCCGGCGUCGACUCCUUUCGAUUUACAGAAGAAGCUCGUAGGUUUUUCAUCUUCUCCAUCGGAAGCUUCGAAUCCUUUUCUAAAAAGCUCUCUUUGAAGGUGAAGUGAUCCUAGUCCUCGGCGCAGCUCGCUGAUUGAUCUAAAGAGCUCUCCUUUCCAUGUAAAAGAGCAAGCUUUCUGCUGCUGUAUCUCUGGCUUCUGCCCCAUUUCAAUUUCUUCUUGGCGACAUUAGCUGACUUGUUGGUUCUCCUGAAUGGUUAUGGUCCAUCUUUUUACUGGAUAAGGUUUGAGCAAGAUUUUUCCAGGAGUUUGGCAUAGCCUACAAAGAAUUCAACUCAUCCUUGCAUUAAUUCUGCGGUACCGUGUCAUCAUCAUGGGUGCCUGCGUAUCAAAAUCCAACAGAAUGCCCAAGUCACGGAAGUACUCUCUUAGGUCCAGAAAAUGCCAUGGGAAGGUUUCUGCUUCAAUUCCCGAUGCUCCUGUAGCCUGGUGCAACACUGAAAGCCAUUUUGCUCACAUGUUGUGCCAAGAGGAAGCAUGGUUUGACUGUGUCAGCAUUCUGGAAUCAGAUUCUGAAGAUGAUUUCAUUAGUGUUCAUGGAGACUAUUUCCCAUCAGUAGGCAGUGCAAUUGGGACCCAAAUGCUGCAGUUUGAAAAUGCUUCACGCUUCGUGGAUGGUAUAUGUAAGUUUGAGGAAUUUUGUGAUGACACUCAGAUAGCUUUGGCUGUUGAACAAUACUUAAAAAGAGAUGGAGGUAGAACUGAGAAGCCCUUGAGCAAAGAUGAGAUUCCUCUGGGAAAAGCUGAUGAGGCAAAACCUAACACCCAAGGCACUGACGUUUGUACCAAGAGGAAGAACGUUUUAGAGGACUUUCAUGGUAGCUUUAAAGGUUCAAAGGAGGAUAAACAUGACACGGGAGAAAAAGCUCAUGAAAACACCUUGAAGCAGAUGACAUCAUCUUGCACACCUCAAUUAGUUCGUUCUGUCAGUUUCAAUGAUAAGAUUGAACAAAUUAAUUGUGCUAGCCCACCAUGUCAGAAAAGGAAAUCAGGAGUUAUUAGGCUUUCAUUCAAUCGAAAAUCUAAAGAUGGAGAUGAAACUACAGAAUUUUGUUCUUCAAAACGAUGCUUAUAUCAUCCCAGAGCCGGAUUAGUUGUCCCAUGUUCCAUGGGGGAGAAACCAAUGCAAGGAUGCUGGUCUGUUCUAGAACCUUCAACCUUCAAGCUUCGUGGGGAAAGCUAUUUCAGAGAUAAGAAGAAAUCUCCUGCUCCAAACUAUGCCCCAUACACCCCAAUUGGUGUAGAUUUAUUUUGUUGUCCUCGUAAAAUAAAUCACAUUGCUCAGCACAUUGACCUUCCAUGGGUAAAGGCACAUGAGAAAGUUCCCUCACUGUUCAUUGUUAAUAUUCAGUUGCCUACUUAUCCUGCUGCCAUGUUCCUUGGUGAUAGUGAUGGGGAAGGGAUGUGUCUUGUAUUAUAUUUCAAAUUAUCUGAUAAAUUUGACAAAGAGAUUUCUCCUCAGUUUCAGGAUAGCAUUAGGAGAUUUGUAAAUGAUGAAAUAGAAAAGGUUAAAGGUUUUCCAAUGGACUCCUCUGCUCCUUAUAGAGAAAGGUUGAAAAUAUUGGCUGGUUUAGUUAAUCCGGAGGAUCUCCAUUUAAAUAGCACAGAAAAGAAGCUUGUACAUGCUUAUAAUGAAAAGCCAGUGCUUUCACGCCCUCAACAUAAUUUUUUCCGGGGUUCAAAUUACUUUGAGAUUGACCUGGAUAUACAUCGCUUUAGCUACAUAUCAAGAAAGGGACUCGAAGCAUUUCGUGAACGCUUGAAACAUGGGAUACUCAAUCUUGGAUUAAGCAUCCAGGCGCAGAAACAGGAGGAAUUACCAGAGCAUGUCCUGUGCUGCCUGAGGUUGAACAAAAUUGAUUUCAUUAAUCAUGGACAGAUGCCAACACUCGUGAAGCUUGUCGACGACUGAUAGCCAGAGCUAAAACAAGCUCUUGCUUUGGAAGCUGGUUGCUUGGCUGGAAGAGAAGAAGCUCAGCGGGCCAAUCCCCACCUUGUAGACACCUGAAUAGGCAUUUAUUGGUAAAUUAAUAUAGAUAAAUUGUCUUAUUAAUUAUAAAUAAUAAGUUUCCUCUUGAUCCAGAUCUUAGCAGCCAUUUGUUCUUACAUGCAUUAAUCCACUUUGAGUUAACCAACAACAAAGCGAAAAGUAUGCUAUACUAUUGUUCCAGAAAAGUUUUAUAGUAGUUUUCUUGGGAAUAGCUUUUUGAAAAAUCCGGAAACCACUUUUAAGUACCUAUGUGUAGUUAUCAAACUGUGAUAUCCAGGUUACUGCCAACAAAUCAUGUACUGAUAUCCACUCUGGCUGGAUGGUUUUAUUACUUGGACCAGCUGCAUCAUUUGAUUCCAUUUUGCCUCAUAUCUAAUGGGUGUGGGGAAUUUGUGGUCCAUAUCCAGUGUUUGAUCAAUUCGCGAUAGGUUGUUGGACAAAAUAUGCAUCAAAUUGUCCUCAUCUUGAUUCAGAGUCUCAUAGGUGGGGUCAUCAAAUGGCUAAAGUAAGCUGUUCAUUAGCAACUUGGCUUUACCUUGAGAAACAGGGAUAAAGACUUGCUUCAGUACCAGGGAACAUGAGUCUCAGAUUUGGUUAGCUUGAAUGGUAGUAGAAAAAGGUUGUAUCUCUCCAUAAAUAAUACAAGAAGCAAUAGGCAUUUCUCAUAUUAUAAAGCAAAAGCCUUCGAGCAUGUUAACUAAAUUCUACAUUUCUACUAAUAUAAUGUGGAUUCUAGGGAAUGCUUCUACUCCACCCAGUCCCACUCCAUCAUUGAGGCCCUGGCUAUGGCUUUCUCUUGGAGUAUCCGGCCAUCAACAUCUUCUCCAACUAAGUCAAGACCUGCAAAAGCGGUGCAGUUGCGUAUGCUAAAUGCUAGUAUAAAUAGUGAGAGGUCUCCAGAAGUUGUAUACUUGUAAUGGCCAUUAGAUUACUGUUCGAUUUAUUUUGCAAGCAGCUCUGUUAGUGUAUUUGUAAUUGAUCCUGGCAACCAUUAUAAUCAUCAGUGCAAGCCAUGGUGGAGUCUGCCCUGGGUGGCGGAAUUGGUGUAUGGGGUUUGAAUAUUUGACGGAUUUGCUCCCAAGGUAUGACAAAACAAUGGAAUGCUGUCUAUAAGAUUGGCCAAAACUAUUCAAAGCAGUAAAUUUUCAUCAAUUAAAAAUGCUCUGAAAAGGGAAAGAACUACUGCAAAUAGUUCCUGUAAGUUACUUGGAAGUGCAUUGUAUUGCAUGGACCUUCUCAACAUUUUUCAAGUCAACACAUCAAUGUUGGAACUCCAUACUAUUCAUUUA